UUUCCGGCCCAGGCUACACUGUUGUGUUUACACCAAUUAGCAAGUUAGCUAGCGUAGAGCAGCACGCACGAUGCCAGCGCUGAGCAAAUUCAACCACCCCGCCAAAGUGUAACCUUUCUCCAGUGGUCGAGGCUAUUGUUUGCGGGGUUUUUGCCGGGCCACUCUUGCCAUCAUCAUGUCGAAUGGCGCGGCUCUCCACAGACAGAUCGGCUCCAUCAUCACCGCCCUGUGCAAUGCCGCCGCGGCGCAGAUCACCAAAGUGGUGGAGGACGGCAUGGUGGUGCUGCGCCUGGAGGUGACCCAGCGAGAACACGAGAUCCGGCGGCUGAGGAGCAGCGUGGAGGUGCUGCACGGCGAGCUAAGAGCCGCCCAUCGCGCGGCGGACAGCCUGCGGAAAGCACAACAGCAUCAGCAUCAGCAUCCCCGAGGGGGCGCUGAGGCUGAGAGGCCCGAAAAGCUCCAAAGCGACUUUGCCAACGUUGAAGUGGCGGUGAAGUGCGAACCCGCGGAACAGGCGGCAUGCGGUCAACCCGAACCAUCGACGGAAAGACUCGGUGAAAACCAGAUUGAUGUUCCAGCGGGCAUCCGGCAAACGGGAGCGGCUGGCCGCGGGCCACACCGCCAGCUGUACAGCAGCAUGCGGCGGCGGAUGGUCAACCGGCUGAUGUUCAAGCGGGGUUUCGCCUGUCCCUUCUGCGGGAAAUGUUUUGAGCAUUCCGGAAACCUGGAGCGGCACAAGAGGAUCCACACAGGAGAAAAGCCGUACCGCUGUGACAUCUGCGGGAGACGCUUCAACCAGAAGUGCAGCCUCAAAGAGCACACCAAGAUCCAUCAGAGAUGUCUUCAGUCAGCACCAGCUGACAUCCAAGGGUACCCAUCAAAGCAUCCGAGCACCGACAGCCGUCGUCCAGCAGAGGGAGACAUCACUUCCACAGCCGAGCGUGUUUCCACCAACCGUCCGGAAUUGUCCCGCACGCCAACGAUCAAGUCGGAACCUGUUGAGGAGAGCGUGAUGCAGCCUGAAAGGGAAGCGGCGGACAAGCAGAAGUCACCAAGUUUACGUGACGGAACAAAUGAUCGGUCACCACAGAAUAGUGCGGCAGUAGCUCAACUUAUCCCGCCUCACGUUGAAGCCUCUUGCAGCACCUUCGACUUCCCUCCAAAGCCUUACGGAGAAAACAACAACAACGUGAUGUCAUCGCAGCUGGCGUACCCUCGCGCUGCCGCCGGCCCCCACGGUCCGCAGUGGGAGCCGUCCGGCCGCCCUCGAAACGGCUCCGGUUCCUUUUACCAGGGGUCCCGGCCCAAGAAGUGUUUCUUCUGCUCAUACUGCGGUAAGAUGUUUGUGCGCGCCGGCCACCUGGAGCGACACCUGCGCAUCCACACGGGCGAGAAGCCCUACGGAUGCCACAUCUGCGGACGGUGCUUCAACCAGAAGUCCAGCCUCAAGUGCCACAUGAAGACACACAGGAACGACAAGACCGAGGAAGUACAGGGGCCACACCCCCUCAUGUGCCCGAUACUCGACACUUGCCCGCAGUCGGCGACCGAUCCCGAGCAAGGACCGGCGGCUUUGGGCGACACAGUGACCGAUCGCCCGUACGGAGAGGCGGGAGAGAGCAAUGCCUAUUUAGAACCCGGUGAGUGGCGGGAUUACUCCGCCAAUGGCGAGCUGCCCUACCUGGAUAUGCUUGAUCCGUUCUCGCAGGUAGGAAUGGCAGCGCACGAGGAUGGGACCAUCCUAGACUUCGGUCUGCCGUCCUCGGACUCGACUCAAAACUGCUACAUCUGUUCCGCCUGCGGGCAAAGUUUUGACUCGUACCAUCUUUUCGAGAGGCACCAAUGCAAAAGCGAAACAUUGUUCAAGUGCGACGUCUGCGGUCAGGGCUUCGACCACACAGACAAACUGCAGCUGCACAUGAAAGCCCACCAGUAGGAAAAAACGUUUGACGUCCUUUUUGUGUCUUUGAGCUCAUCUCAUUUCCAUCUUUGCAGUGACAAUUAAACAGCAACUGGCGAUGGAAACUGCACUUUCCAUCGCUUCAUUGAAUAAAUGGUAGGAAAAUGCGAUCACUCAUUCUGCCAGUUGUUGAUGAUAACUGUCACGUUGCUCAAUAGAAGAAAAAAAAAAAAAGAACAGAACUUCCAAUAAUCCACAGUCAAACAAAUCCACAUCAAAUACAGCGGUUACGUGGAGGUAUUUUGGGUGGUGGUGGGGCAUCUACCAUGUCUAUGAAACUGCAGAGGGUAAAACGUGUUCGAAAGUGCCACCUUGCACAAUAGAAAUCAACAAAAUUAUUACCGAUAACACAAUCCACACUCAAAAAGACUCUGAGGCACAAAAAAGCCUAUACUGUAGCUAAAGAAGCUUCAAACUUACAGCAACUGCCACCUUGCACAAUAUAAAUAAGCAGCGGUCGUAGGAACUUUAACAACGACAAAUAAUCCACACGCCAAAAAUGUCCACGUCAUGUACGGGCUCAUGCGCGAGCAAUGUCGUUUCAUAAGAUUUAGUGUUACUUAACAGUCAUUAUUGAGAACCGUCAUCUUGCCCAAUAGAAAUACAGCAAAACCUUGAAUUAAUGGACUAACGGGGAGCGGUCGUCCGUUAAAGCUGUUUGUCUCUUAAUUUGAAGCACUUUUUUUUCAUGGCCUAAAAACACCCAGUGCAGUACAAAAUUAUUGUAAAUAAAUGUAAAAACGAAAAUGUUUAAAAAGUUGUGAAGUUUAUUCAAAUUGACCUUUAAACAUUGCUGUGAUGGUCUGAUACUGCCACGAAUGUGCUGUUGCAUGUUACCACUUAUAAACAGCUAUAUCCAAGUCCCUACUUUAACACACGUUCAUGUACUUACGCUUAUAUACAACACCUUUCUUAUCUUUGGUAGGAUCCACAUCAAAUUUCACUGUAAAAGCUUGGAGUUGUUUCCCUUACUCUCCUACUUGUCACUUACAGUUUGUUUUUGUAUACCGUGUUCCUCACUUACUUUGGCCACGGAAACUCACGACUCCAACUUCUUAAUAAAUUCCAAUUUGUCAGCAAUGCUAAGAUUACUACGCUUCCUUUUGUCACCUCCAUUACAAUUGGAUGCCAUAGUAAAGGCUUUGACAACUAACAACUACUGUAAUUUCUCGUGUAUAAUGCACACUAGUGUAUAACACGCACCCCCAAAGUUGACCUCAAAAUUUUUUUAAACCCUUCAACCUAUGUAAAAUGCAUUAUCUGUAUUUUGUUAGUUUUUUCAAAUAAUUAUUCUGAAGUUAAGCACUUCAUUUGAACACAUAAUACUUUCUUUUUAUUUACUUGCUCUUAUUUUGAAAUUCACAGCCCUACUUUUAUUUAGUAAAUGAGAAACACAAUGCAUACCUGUUACUGGAGAUGGUACAGCUUGUGGAAAGCACCACCUUGCACAAUAGGAGUCAACAAAACGACUACAGAUAACACUCAGUCUCACACGGCCACAUAUAAACCACAUCCGAAAAGAGUCCGUGACACAAAAAAAAUCUAGUCUAGCUAAAGAAGCUUCAAUUUUACAGAAACUGCUACCUUGCAUAAUAGAAACAAACGGAAAUAAUCCUGUCAAAGAACAUCUACGAUACAUAUCUAUGUAACUGAACAUGCUACAAAUUUUUCGACGCUGCCACUUUGCACAAUAGAAAUAAACAGAAUGACAACGAAUAAUCCACAUUGUUACAAACCCCAAUUCAAAUGAAGUUGGGAUGUUGUGUAAAUUGUAAAGAAAAAACAAUACAAUGAUUUGCAAAUCCUUUUCAUCCUAUAUGCAAUUGCAUACACUACAAAGACAACAUUUAAUGUUCAUACUGAUUAACUUUGUUAUUUUUGCCAAUAUUCAAUCAUUUUGAAUUUGACGCGUGUGACACGUUCCAAAAAAGCUGGGACAGGGGCAUGUUUACCACUGUGUACAUCACCGACUCUCUUUUUCUCAACACUCAAUAAGCGUUUGGGAACUGAGGACACUAAUUGUUGAAGCUUUGUAGAUGGAAUUCUUUCCCAUUUUUGCCUAAUGUGCAACUUCAGUUGCUGAACAGCUCGGGAUCUCCAUUGUCAUAUUUUGUGAGAGACAGGUCUCAUACUUUUUUACUACGAAUUUGCAGUGUUACAACACGUGCAGAAUGUUGCUUGGCAUUGUCUUGCUGAAAUUCAGGGUGGGUUUUCGGCCUUGCCGCUUACAUGCAGAGAGUUAUCCAGAUUCUCUGAAUCUUCUGGUGAUAUUAUGGACCGUAGACGAUGAACUCUCUAAAUUCCUUGCAAAUGUACUUUCAGAAACAUUCUUAAAAUGUUGACCUAUUUGCUCAUGCAGUUGUUCACAAAGUGGUAAACCUUGCCCCUUUCUUGCUUAUGAACAACUGAGCUUUUUCAUGCUCAUUUUACACCCAAUCGUGACUCUCACCUGAUUCGAGUUAACCUGUUCACCCGUGGAAUGUUCCAAACAGGUUUUGUUUUUUGUUUUGUAGCAUUCCUCAACUUUCCCAGUCUUUUGUUUCCCAUGUGCAAGCUUUUUUGGAAUGCGUUGCAGGCAUCAAAUUGAAAUAUGAAUAUUUGCAAAAAAGCAGUAACAUUCAUCAGUUUCAACAUUUAAUAUCUUGUCCUUGUUCUGUAUUCAAUUUAAUAUAUGUUGAAAAGUAUUUGCAAAUCAUUGUAUUCGUUUUACACAAUGUCCCAACUUCAUUGGAAUUGGGGUUAUUAAAUAAUUUAACCCUCAUGCAUCAUAAUCACAAUACAUACGUAGGAGUAAUUUUGAGACAAAAUAUGGUUCAGGCUUUUAAAUGUUAUAAGUAAGUCAUAAAUAUUUGGUUUACUUUCAACUCCUCAUUAUGAUCAAUGGCAUCAGACCUAUCCAUAGAUAUAUAGUUUUUAUUUUUUGAUGGCCUCUAUCGACAAUAAAAGCAGUAUUGCGUUAUGACCGUAACUCUAAAUAUGCUAUAUUAAAAAAAAAUAUAUAUAUAUAUAUAUUCAAAGUGGAAUAUUUGAUCUGAGAUAAUUAGAGCCUUGAAUAAGUCAAUAAAUCAUAACAUUAAUUUUGAUGAAGUAAGAACUUAUGAACAAAUCAAAACAAACAAGUUAAAAAAACAACUAAUGAAACAAUGAAAGAACAUGAAAUAAUAACUUUUUUCCCCCUCCACUUUAUAUUACAUCUAAUUCAAACAUUUACCACAAACGGGCUUCAUGUAUUUUUUUUGCAGAUAAAGUUACCACAUUUUAAACAUGUAUUUGAAGCCCUCAGUGGUUUUGGGCACAGGCUACAUUGCUUUCGCUUGGCUGAGGGUCCUGGGUGGGGCUGCUGCUCCUCAUGUUGUCCCUGCUCAUGGCGGGGUUGCUGGACCAUACAGUAGGCAGAAGCUCCCCUGAAGGGAUGGCUUCUCGUUUUGAAUGCAUGUAUUGUUUGAAUGAGCAGUGGCCCCCAAAAGAGACCAAAUGCUCAUCCACACAUACAUCUCUCCCCAGGUUGAUCAUUUGGGGCAUCGAUGUCGAUAACGUUGUGGCCGGGAGAGUCUGUCAUCAAACCGCAGGGUACGGUUUAUUUGGCAAAAUCGUCCAUGCGACAUUGAUGCCACAAACAUGGGCCGUCCGGUUUCCUUCCCCCACAGGCUCACGGUUUCCUCAUGCUUUGAUUUAUACGUACCCGUCAGGAUAAGCACCGCCAGGGGCCUCAUGUACAAAAGGUGCGUACGCACAACAACGUGGCGUCCGUUCUUUUUCACGGCAAAGUUCAGUUGUAUCAAGAGUGACAUGACCGUGGAAAUGUGCGGUGCCUCACGCCAACUUCAUGGCUGGCGUACGCACGUGUUGGUGCUUUGGCGACACUUCGAAGUGAUGCUGGGAAACUGUUAUAAUAAAUCUGCACAUCAGAGACAUGAACAAUUAGCACUGAUGAGCAAUUCAUGCCAGGCAACAAUUGAUUUCAAGAAUGUAAAAGAAGCAAGGACUCUGAAUUCACUUGUUUACCAGUGUAUUAAUGAAUCGCUGACAUUUGUGAGGACAGCUAUUAAUUGAUCAAGGUGAUCAUUUAUGCCGCCUAUUGCCCUCUCAAUCGCUUCUUGUGACUCCAGCACAUACACUGAAAAAAUUAAUAAAGUUAUUUGAAUUUAAUUAAUUUGAACAUGUACAUCAGUUGCACAUGAUUAACAUGUGUUGAAAUGACAUAAUUGACCCCUCUUCUAAAAUGUUUUUAUUUUUUUCAGUGUCCUCUCCUGUAUAUUAAAGUAAUAAAUUGAGUCAUCAAAAAGGACUCAAAGUUUAUGAAAUCCUCUUUGAUAUGGUGAUGUGCUUCUAUUUGAAUUCAAAAGAUUUAUUACAAAUACCAUACAUACAUUUACGCAUGGACCUUUAUCUCAGAGGGCUGAGUGUAGGUUACUGUAUGAACAUAUUUAUGAGUUAUAAAAAUACAUGGAAUUAACCUUGUGGGGUGAUCAGUCAGCCAUGUCCUCCCAUCACCCGUGAGAGAGCAGCGUCACCCAUAGUCGCAGCGAUUCUCUCCUCGAACAGGGUGAGGCCCUCCGCGCCGUUUUUUCCGCCUGUUUUGGCCACACUUUGGCGGUGGGCAGCUGUCCUUCGCUUCAAAUUCACCUUAAUGUUUCACCGCUUCUUUUUAACGUUAGCCUGUGUAUGUUGUUCCGACUGCACAGCAUUAACAGCCGCACACGUGCUGUCACUCCUCUUUCGCGAGUUGCUAACGCCAGAGUGCCAAAAGAUGAUUUUCUUGUGCACCUCCACUUCAUUGAGCAACUUCACGUUCAGAAUAAUUAUUUUCCUUCAUUACCUUACUUAUUGUGUUUUUUUCCUGAUCAUGCAGAGAUCGGGAUCUCAGGUGCAGGGUUCAUUUAAAUAUGGUUUGCAUAUUUAAUGUGGGCGUGGACACGGAGGGUUCGGCUCCUCCAACAUGUGCGCUCAUUUCCACGUUGAUUGGAAUGUACGAAGGAAAUGUGCUUGGAUUCAUGCGUACGCACACAUUCAUACAUCUGGAUAUUUUUGUGCGUACGACGUUUCCUGGAUUUGAGCGUACGCCAUGUUUUAGUAGUUUGUACAUGAGGCCCCAGGUCUUCCUCAUCCAGGCUGACCCAACCAGUGACUGACCUGUGGCCGAGCAAGUUGUUCAUGUCCUGGAUGUGCCUCAAAAUGUCCUUGUUAAAAAAAAAAAAAAAGGGUGAAUGCAGUCUCGGGGUUUCUGAUCCUGGCCAUUGCAUACUGUGUUGGGCCGGGGGUCGGAAUGGAAGGGGGGACAAAAUGCCUUGCCACCUCAUUUGUGGGAGACCGCAGGAUUGUCCUAUUCUUUGAGCAACAUGUGGCGACCUCCUCUUCUUAUGAGCUGCAAAGUUGCAAGGUGAAGUUCUCAUCGGAGGUGUCCUCUGAGGUCUACGAAGAGCAUUCAGGGAGAAAAGUUUCAUCCUCUGAGGAUUCUUGCAGUAGAGCUUGACGUGCAUCUUCUACUAAAAGCGUUCGCUCCAUGGCUGCUGGUGUGAAAGUGAGCUCCCCAAACUGAUGAGCUUUUAGUGGACCUGGAAGGCCCUCAACCGAUAGGAGGGUAUCCAUUCAAACCGACCAAUAAGAGUUGAAGUUCAAACUUCAAUAACAACAACCAUUUUUGAGUUUGGGGCAAAGCCUCCUUUGAUCUAGGCGUGCGCGCACAUGCAUAGGCAUGUGCACAUGUACAUGCACGAAUACACACUGCAUAAAGUGAGUUCAUGAAAGCUCAUCUCUUGACCAAUGGUAGUGCAGGAUUUCAAAUCAUAACACUUGAAUUUGCAGAAGAGCUUUGCCAGAAAAUGGUUGAAUUUCACAAGCACGCUGUCUUUCUGUGCAGUUAUGAAUCUGAACAGAAAUACUUUGUAUUUUGGGGAAAUAAAACUUAUUAGUAACAUAAAAAACACAUUUUGUCCACAUCUGCCUCACAGUUCUGAGGAUCGGGGUUCAAAUCCCGGCCCCGCCUGUGUGGAAUUUGAACUUAUGCCAUUGUCACGGGAAAAGCAUUAUAACACAUCAAGUAUACAGUAUAUUGAAAAAUAGGAUUUAUAAUGGGAGUCAAUGAGCCAAAAUAUUCAAAUUUUAACUCCUGCGUAUAGUCAAUUAGCAGCUCCUAUGAAUACAUUUUUUUAAAUUGCAUUAUGGUGACAUUUUGAAGUUAUACAUGUUAAAACUCUGGCUAAAAUUUCAGCCCUCUUGUCUUUGUUUUUGAAUGGUUUGUCUUUAAUGAAAGACAUGAAAGUCAACAAAAAAGGCAUAAUUUGUACAGAUGAUGCAUGAGGGGUUAAUAAAAUACUCACAGCAUGCUUGUUCGGAAAUGGAGCUCACGCUACCUCCCAGCUACCUCAAAAGUCUAGCAUCCGUCAUACUUCAAAACAAAUAGUGUUCUUGCACUUUUUACAUGUCGGCUUGUGUGUCCCUACAAGAACUUAAAAUCAGUCCAGUAUUUGCCCCAAUGUAACAUAAAAGUAGUUGAGGAACUAUUUUCCUUUUGUUUCGAACCACUGCUGUUUGUUUUACAUUAAACAUGCAUUCAUUGUGGCCUUCCUGUGGUCACUCACACUGAAUGUUGUGGAGAAGUGGUUGCAUUUCAUUUAGUUGCGUGUCAUUGAGCCAUUUAUUUUUUUUUUAAAGAAAAUUUGUUCGAGAAGAGGCAUUAAAUGUGAUUGUUACGCCUUAUGUCUAACAAGGAGUAUGUGCUUCCAUACAAAUGACUGCCGUUUCAUACAAAAACCACAAGCACCACUGAUUACUUUUUUUGUUAAUGAUGUUACAAUGUAUUAGCUUUAACUGUGUGCUCAUUUACGCGUUUUUUUUGUUCUUUAUAUUCUUUUUAUAUGUAGACAAAAGUGGAUUGCAUUUGCCAAGUGUGUCACCACGUCUGGAAUUGUUAUGUUGAACUUUCAAACAAAACCAAUUUAAAAAAAAAAAAAAUUGUUAAG